AUGCAACACUCAUCUGAAGAUUCGAUUAGAAACCGAAAUUGCUCAAUAUCAAAGGGGCGUGCAUUAUCAACUCCCGAUGUCUAUGCAAGCCCGUUGCACCAGUUGCUUGGGAUGAUAAGGAUACCUGCUGCUGUUUCUCCUCCCCUACAUACACUCCAUACAAAAAUUUCCUUAAGUCAGUUGGGAAAUGGGUGGUGGAUAAUAAUGUUAAGCGUCCAUGCGCAGCGGCAGCCAAGAAAUGCGACGUCGACCAGGUCACUAAAACUCCCGAUGCCAGAAGCCAAGAAUUGUGCGCACAGCCAACUUCCUUUCAUUUUACUUCUCUGGGGGGGUCCAUCAAUUCCGUCUGCAGAAUAG